GCGGUUGCCUAGCGACCGGGCGUGUCCCGGAAGGCUGGGCGGAAGCUGGGCGGGACUUCCGGGGCGGUGGUUGCAUCAGAUUCUGGGAAGCCGGCGCCGCGGCUGCUGGUUUGUAAUUCCUACGAUGUCAGGUUCCUCUGGGGAGCAGGCUCCCGCCUACAGGUCCAUCCUGAGCAUUAGUGACGAGGCAGCCAGGGUGCAGGCCCUGAACGAGCACCUCAGCACGCGUAGCUAUGUCCAGGGGUACUCACUGUCCCAGGCAGACGUGGACGUGUUCAGGCAGCUCUCGGCCCCUCCCGCCGACACGCGCCUCUUCCACGUGGCUCGGUGGUUCAGGCACAUGGAAGCGAUCCUGGGUGGCGCCUGCGGCAGAGGCGAGCCCUGUGGGCGCCAAGCAAGUAAAGGUCGGCGGGGGCAGCCUCAGUGGUCUCCUCCAGCCGGGUCUCCGCCGUGCAAGCUCCGCCUUUACAACAGCCUCACCCGGAACAAGGACGUGUUUAUACCUCAAAACGGGAAGAAGGUGACGUGGUACUGCUGCGGGCCUACUGUCUACGAUGCAUCUCACAUGGGGCACGCCAGGUCCUACAUUUCCUUCGACAUCCUGAGGAGAGUGCUGCGGGACUACUUCGGGUUCGACGUGUUCUACUGCAUGAACAUCACGGACAUCGAUGACAAGAUCAUCAAGAGGGCCCGGCAGAACUACUUGUUUGAGCAGUACCGGGGGAAGCAGCCGCAGGCGGCCCAGCUCCUGGAGGAUGUUCAUGCCGCCCUGAAGCCGUUUUCAGUCAAGUUAAAUGAGACCACGGACCCGGACAGAAAGCAAAUGCUGGAGCGCACUCAGCGCGCGGUGGAGCUGGCCGCAGAGCCCCUGGAGAAAGCCGUGCGGGGCGGCCUCCCGGCAGAGGAGGCCGCCCGCUGCGCAGAGGUGUUGUUGGAAGAAGCAAAAGAUUUGCUCUCUGACUGGCUGGACUCCACACUGGGCAGCGAAGUUACGGACAAUUCUAUUUUCUCCAAACUGCCCAAGUUCUGGGAAGAAGAAUUCCACAGAGACAUGGAAACCCUGAACGUUCUCCCUCCGGACGUCCUGACCCGGGUGAGUGAAUAUGUGCCGGAGAUUGUGAACUUUGUCCAGAAGAUCGUGGACAACGGCUACGGCUACGUUUCCAAUGGGUCCGUCUACUUUGACACCGUGAAGUUUGCUUCCAGCGAGAGACACUCCUACGGGAAGCUGGUGCCCGAGGCCGUUGGGGACCAGAAAGCCCUGCAGGAAGGGGAAGGUGACCUGAGCGUCUCGGCAGACCGCCUGAGUGAGAAGCGGUCCCCCAAUGACUUUGCUCUGUGGAAAGCCUCCAAGCCCGGCGAGCCAUCCUGGCCGUGCCCGUGGGGAAAGGGGCGUCCGGGAUGGCACAUCGAGUGCUCGGCCAUGGCAAGCGCUCUCCUGGGAGCCUCGAUGGACAUUCACGGAGGGGGCUUCGACCUCCGGUUCCCCCACCACGACAACGAGCUGGCCCAGUCAGAGGCCUACUUCGACAACGACUGCUGGGUCCGCUAUUUCCUCCACACGGGCCACCUGACCAUCGCGGGCUGCAAGAUGUCCAAAUCGCUCAAGAACUUCAUCACCAUCAAAGACGCCUUGCAGAAGCACUCAGCGCGGCAGCUGCGGCUGGCCUUCCUCAUGCACUCGUGGAAGGACACGCUGGACUACUCGAGCAACACCAUGGAGUCCGCGCUUCAGUACGAGAAGUUCAUGAACGAGUUUUUCUUAAAUGUGAAAGACAUCCUCCGAGCUCCUGUUGACAUAACCGGUCGGUUUGAAAAGUGGGAAGACGAAGAGUCGGAGCUGAACAAGAGCUUUUACGACAAGAAGACGGCGGUGCACAAGGCCCUCUGUGAUAACGUCGACACGCGCACGGUCCUGGAAGAGAUGCGGGCUCUGGUCGGCCAGUGCAACCUCUACAUGGCGGCCCGGAAGGCCGCGAGGAGGAGGCCCAACCGGGCUCUGCUGGAAAGCAUCGCUCGGUACCUCACCCACAUGCUCAAGGUCUUUGGGGCCAUAGAAGAGGAAAGCUCCCUGGGAUUCCCGGUCAGAGGACCUGGGAGCAGCCUAAAUCUCGAGUCCACGGUCAUGCCCUACCUGCAGGUGUUGUCGGAGUUCCGAGAAGGCGUGCGGAAGAUCGCCCGAGAGCAGAAAGUCCCUGAGGUCCUGCAGCUCAGCGACGCCCUGCGGGACGACAUCCUGCCCGAGCUUGGGGUGCGGCUCGAAGAUCACGAAGGGCUGCCGACCGUGGUCAAGCUGGGGGACAGAGAGACCUGGCUGAAGGAGGGACAGGAGAAGAGACGGGUUGAAGAAGAGAAGAGGAAGAAGAAAGAGGGGGCCGCCAGGAAAAAACAGGAACAAGAGGCGGCGAAACUGGCCAAGAUGAAGAUCUCACCCAGUGAGAUGUUCUUGUCAGAGACUGACAAAUACUCCAAGUUUGAUGAAAACGGUCUGCCCACACAUGACAGCGAGGGCAAAGAGCUGAGCAAAGGGCAAGCCAAGAAGCUGAAGAAGCUUUUGGAAGCUCAGGAGAGGCUCCACAAGGAGUACCUGCAAAUGGUUCAAAACGGAAGCUUCAAAUGAAACAGCAGGGGACUCGGUUUUCACACCAAGCCGUCGGUGGCCUGACGGCUUUCUCUCUGCGUCCUUAGUGACACUGCCCCACGCUCGAUGACGUUUACAGUGGCCCUCGGGUCCCAAAUUGAGAAUUGUGUUCACCUGCCGUCGUCGGCUCUGAGACUCCGUAAUAAACUUUUCCAGGCAGCAGG